AUGUCGGCAAGGAUCGGCUAUCAGCUGGAAGACAUAUCACGAUAUUUGGAUGGAUUACAAGAGCAGAAGAAAGCAAGCGAAAACGUGGUCGUUCGUUUGAAAAAAGAUCGCGAAUUGAUUGCUCGCCAGAUUGAUGAGCUACGCCUGACGCUCAACAAUUUGGAUUUGAAGAUUGAAAAAGAGGAAGAAAUUUGCUCACGCCUCGAUUCAACGAUUGCGCAUGCUAAUGAAACAUACCAAAAGCUUGUCGAAUCUUCGCAAAGUUUAGUGGACUAUGUCAAGAAAGAGUAUGAAGGUGCGAGAAGCUCCGGAUCUUCGAUUACUCGGGACUGA